CUGGAUCCGGGCAGCGGCACAUGGAUCACCAGGCAAUGCAGCAGGCCCCGACCCCCAGGCGGAGCGGCGGGGCGACGGACCCCCAGGCGGAGCGGCGGGCGCCGGACCCCCAAGGCGGGAGCGGUCGGGCGCCGAACCCCCAGGCGGGAAGCGACAGGUCUCGGACCCCCAGGCGGAAGCGACAGGUAUCGGACCCCCAGGCGGAGCGGCGGGCUCACGAUCGUCACCAGGCCACGACCAGUGGGCUCCGAGUCAACUGUCAUCGGACCGCCCCAGACAUUGGGAUAGAGCGACUGGGUCUGGACAUCGGGCAUCGGGUCACCAGGCAGGUAUCAGGUCAUUUGGGCUCGACAGCGGCACCGCGUCAUAUGGCAAGGCAGUGAGCUCCGAGUCAACUGGCAUGA